GCUCUUCCUGCUCAACCGGCCUGCGGGUGGCUUGGACUCUCGGGCCUCCCAUCCCCAACCCAUGGCUGGCUGCCCCUCCGCCGCCUCCUGGAGGCCCUCCAGGCUGCCCCCCGUCUGGCUGUGGGUGCCCUUGCUGCUUCUGCUGGACUGGGCAGUCCUGCGCCCGGUGCUGCCCAGGCUCCUGGCCUGGUUGAUGCCAACUGCAGGCCCACUGGGGCGGCUGUGGGGGGCCGGCCUGGCCCGCUGGGGCAUCCUGGGGUUGGGGGCACGUUGGGCAGGCAGGGCCCAGGGAUGGAGGGCAUCCCUGGGACCCUUGGUGGCAGCCCUGACCCUGGCAGUGCCCGGGCUGGCCUCGCUCCAGGCCCUGGGUGCCCCCGAGAAGGCAGGACCCCUGCACUGGGGGAGCCGCCCUGACGCCUUCGCCCUUGGGUACCUGGCGGCCUUGGCCGCCUUCGCCCUGUGGCACCACCUGGGGAGGCUGGCCCUGCCCAGGGGGCACGGAGGGCGCCUGCGGAGACUUCUGAGCUGUCUGGGACCCGAGCUGAGCCGGUUCCCGCCCGUCCUCAUCAUCCUGGUGCUGUCCUGCCUCGGGGAGAUGGCCGUACCUUUCUUCACCGGCCGCCUGACCGACUGGAUCCUGCAGGAUGGCGCCGCUGCUGCCUUCUCCCGCAACAUCGGACUCAUGGCCUUCCUUACCUUGGCCAGUGCCGGGCUGGAGUUUUUGGGUGACGGGAUCUAUAACAGGACGAUGGGCCACAUGCACAGCCGCCUACAAUCCCAGGUGUUCAGGGCUGUCCUGCGUCAGGAGAUGGACUUCUUUCAGCAGAAUCAAACAGGUGCCAUCACAUCACGGGUGACAGAGGACACGGCCGUGCUGAGCGAGUCCCUGAGCGAGAAGUUGAACCUGCUGCUGUGGUAUCUGGUCCGGGGCCUGUACCUCCUGGGGCUCAUGUUGUGGGCUUCUUCCCGCCUCACCCUGCUCACGCUGCUGGCACUGCCCCUGCUCCUCGUCCUGCCCAAGCUCCUGGCCAAGUGGCAACAGGGCCUGGCGGCACAGGUGCAGGCAUCGCUGGCCGAGUCGAGCCGGGUGGCGGUGGAGGCACUGUCUGCCAUGGCCACCGUGCGCGGCUUUGCCAACGAGGAGGGCGAAGCCCGCAGGUACGAGAAGCGGCUACAGGAAACGAGGCGACUCAACCGGAUAGAAGCAGGAGCCUACGCCGUCUCCAUGUGGACAAGCAGCCUGUCGGGGCUUCUGCUGAAGGUGGGGAUCCUGUUUGUGGGGGGACGACUCGUGAUGAGCAGCUCCGUGAGCAGCGGGGAUCUCGUCACCUUCGUCCUCUACGAGAUCCAGUUCACCACGGCCGUGGAGGUGCUGCUGUCCACAUUCCCCAGCAUCCAGAAGGCGGUGGGCUCGUCGGAGAAGAUCUUUGAGUACAUGGACAGGACGCCCCGCUGUCCACCCAGUGGCACCUUGGCCCCCGCCACCCUGAAAGGACUUGUGAAGUUCCAGGACGUCUCCUUCGCUUACCCCAGCCGGCCUGACACCCCCAUACUGCAGGGCGUGACCUUCACCCUGCGACCCGGGGAGGUGACGGCCCUGGUGGGGCCCAACGGCGCGGGGAAGAGCACGGUGGCCGCCCUGCUACAAGGCCUCUACCAGCCCACCGCUGGAUGCCUGCUCCUCGACGGUCAGCCCCUGGACUGCUACCAGCACCGCUACCUGCACGCCCAGGUAGCGGCGGUGGGCCAGGAGCCGCAGCUGUUUGGACGGAGCUUGCACGAGAACAUCGCCUAUGGGCUGGGCCCCCAGGGCCGGGACAAGGUCACCGCUGCAGCCUGCCUGGCCGGAGCCCACGACUUCAUCUCCGGCCUGGCCCAGGGCUACGACACAGAUGUGGGCGAGUCCGGAGGAAAACUGUCUGGGGGUCAGAGGCAGAUGGUGGCCCUGGCCCGGGCCCUGAUCCGAGAACCCCGGGUCCUCAUCCUGGAUGAUGCCACCAGUGCCCUGGACACCAAGAGCCAGAAACAGGUUGAGCGACUCCUCUAUGAUCAUGGGGAGCGGACGAGUCGGACGGUCCUGCUCAUCACUCAACGCCUCAGCUUGGCAGAGCGGGCCGCCCAGAUCCUCGUCCUGGAGGAGGGGGUCUUGCGGGAGGUGGGCACGCACGAGGAGCUCAUGGCGUGUGGAGGCCGCUACCGGGACAUGGUGGAAGCCCAGUGGGCCUCAGUGGAGCCAGAGGAUGAGGCUCCUCAGAAGUGAAGCAGCAUGGCUUAGUGGAUAACAUCAGGCCUGGGAAUCAGAAGACCCGGGUUCUAAUUCCAG